CCCACUUUCUGUUUCCGCCAUUGUAGUGUCCAAAAAGAAAAGAAAAAAAUCAAGAAUGGGGAAACUCAUCUGCGACUCAACAGCAUCGUCGCCGGUGAUUCCAUGGCGGGAUCCUACCUCUACUCCCUCAUCUAUCGACCUCGUUGACCAAUCAUCGACGGCGAUCACCCCUGUCGCCGUCGUUGAUACCUCUUCCUGGGAAAAUGUUUCAUCUUUAGAGGACCAGCAGAGAAAGCAUUUGACAAAGAUUCAGUCUAAGGGAGUGCUGUGGAAACAUCCUCAGGAUCAGAACGUUUCCAUGGUUUUCCGGCUGAGCCACGGCGGAGAAGUCGAGGCAGACGGAAACUGUCUUUUUACGGCUUGUGGGAAAUCAAUGGGAGUUAAAACGGUGUCGUGCGCGAGAGAUCUGAGACGGCGGACAGUGCGGAGGUUCCUUGAAGAUCUUGGAUCGGAGAAAGAAGCGAUUGAAUCGGCGAUUAAGCACAUGUAUUCUCCGGAUCUGAAAUCUGGUUGGGGUAUUCAUGUGGUUCAAGAGUUGAAGCUGUUAGCUAAGAAGGACGAUAGAGAGGUUCUGGAAUCGGCUAUUUCCGAGCUUGUUCACCUCGGAAUGCAGCGAGAAUUGGCUGCUGAGUCUAUAUACAAAGAGAGAUGCAUAGCUGUGGAUGAUGGCCCAAGUUGGGCCAAGUACAUGUCAAUUUCUGGUUCGCCUGAUGAUGAAUAUGAUAUCAUCACUUUGCAGUAUACGGAGGAGGGCUUAUUAACUGUAGAUGAGAAUAUUGAUGGUCAUGCGGCUGCAUUUGGAGACGAUAUAGCGAUUGAGUGUCUUGCAACCGUGUUUAAAAGAGAGAUCUUUGUGGUGCAAGCACAUGGAUCCGACGCAAUGGUUAAUGAAGAAAAUUGUGUCUUCUUUCUCCCACAUCGUCCCAAAUGUGAAAUAUGUGAACCUCCUUUCUUCCUUUUCAUGAAAGGAACAGGUUGGUGUGGUGCUGGGGCUGAUCAUUAUGAGCCUCUUAUUGCUACUCCUUCAGCUUAUGUUUCCCAGGAAAAGGUAGCAUUGGUACUGUAGGUCAUUAGUUUGAGGUGUUCUUGUGGUAAGAGAGGUAGUAGUUAGUUAUUCAAAGAGAAUUGUUUUUCUCCCCCCAGGAUAUUUGGUUUUCAAUUGGAAAGAUGUUCCCGAUUCUUUUCUAGGUUUAAGGAGGAAGAUGUCCAAUUGGGACAUCAAAUUUUUGUUGAGGGUAUGUAGGAUUUGGUGUAUUUCGAAGUCCAUCAUCA